UCGGCCCUGCUCGCUCGUCCCGCGGCAGUGUCCGCCAGACUGCCGAGCGCGCCGGGCCUCCCGCUUCCCCGCGCCUCGCUCGGCCACGCCGCGUCCCGUGAUCGAACCAUACAAAACCUCUAGUUAACAUCCGUCGCGAGUGCAUUAUGACACUAGUGAGCUAGCGGGCCGCUGUGACGGUGUCAAAUAAUUGAUGUGUAUGUGUUCACGUGCUAGUGUGUUGUGUUAGGUUGGGCCCGUGACGAAAAACGUUCGUGGUGGCCAGCGGAGCCUUGCACCCGGGCUCGGGCCGAGCUUUCAUGGCUCAGCCUAGGUACGACGAAGGCCUCCACGGCGGAGGCUACAUGGAGGGCGGCGCGAUGUACCACGAACACAGACUGUCUCACCCCCACUUACCGCCAGUCCACUACCCCCCUCCCGCGGCCCCUGCGCAUGCGCUGCCCGGCGAGCCCCUCGUCCACAAGAGAGACAAAGACGCUAUUUACGGGCACCCACUGUUCCCCCUGCUGGCGCUGAUCUUCGAGAAGUGCGAGUUGGCCACAUGUACCCCCCGAGACCCUGGCGUGGCGGGGGGUGACGUGUGUUCAUCAGAAUCCUUCAAUGAAGACAUUGCAGUUUUCAGUAAACAGGUAAAUAAAUCAAUACACACAAUAGUCUAUAACUCAUCACCAAGCAGGUUCUAACUAGACAGAAGCAUC